UAAUUGUGCUUACACGUUCUUUUUCCGUUGCAGUACGCUAUUAAGAUAUUAAGCAAAAACCUGUUUUUUGUUAUUUAGAUGACAUGUACCGAAUGCAAUACAUUUAGAUGCUCUCGGAGGCAAGAACUGAUGCACCAUUUGGAGUGUGUUCACCAACAGAAAAUGGAGUGCAAAGAAAUGACAUUCAAUUCUGUGGAAGAGUUCUUUCUGUGGAAGGAACAGAUGGAAGCUGAAGAGAAGGUUUCCUUCAUAAGACCAAGGGGAAAACAGAAAUGUGAUUAUUUUGUUUGCCACCGUUCUGGAUAUGCUGACAAAACAGCUUCAGGCAGAAGGUUAAGGGAACCUUCCAUCAAAAUUGGCGGCACCUGCCCUGCCUGUUUGGUAGUAAAAAAUGUGUCUUCUAACAUGGUUAAUGUCAAGUUCUAUAGGACACGCACAGGACACAGUCUCUCUGUGGGUAGCCUACAUCUGACCACAGCUGACAGGGCAAUGGUUGCUGAAUUAAUUGCACAAGGUUUUCCUGAUACUACAAUUUUGAAGAAAGUGAGAGAGAGCAUUCAAGUUGGACUCUUCAGAAGAGUUCAUCUUUUAAGCAAACGAAGAUAUUAGAAAUAUUAGGAAAGAAUACAAGCUGGACGAUAGUAGUGCACACCAAGAUGAUGCCACCAGUGUUGAUCUGUGGGUGAGACAAAAAGAGCGCUUAGGGAAAGAUUCCCUGGUGAUUUAUUACAAAGCCCAAGGCACUGAGGAUAAUGGAAACAAAUUAUCAGAAAGUGACUUUAUGAUAGUCCUUAUGACUAUCAGCAGAAAAUGGCAAAAAAAUUCUGUGCAGAAAAAGUUUUGAUAGACAGCACACAUGGCACUAAUAAGUAUAAAUUUUAUCUGACCACACUGUUGACCGUGGAUGAAUUUGGUGCUGGAUGUCCAGUUUCUUAUUGCGUCAGUACACAUACUGACACAAGGUCCAUGCAAGUUUUCUUUGAGCAGAUUAAAAAAUGUAUUGGAAACAUCAAAACAAAGGUAUUCAUGUCUGAUGACUGUGACAGCUACUACAGUGCCUGGAGUGUAGUUGUGGGCCAUAGUGAACAUAGGUUGUUAUGUACCUGGCACGUUGAUCGGGCAUGGAGACGGAAUAUAUGUGCAAAACUAAAUGGGAAUGCAAUGCUGAAGAGUACUGUAUACAAAACUUUGCACUUACAGGCAGAUAAAGAGAAAUUCUCAGAGCUGCUGGAUGGUUUUCUUACUUCAUGUGCAGAGGAGGAAGGAACUGAGGAGUUUGGCAAGUACUUUAAAGAUAGAUAUUCAUGGAGGGCACAUAUGUGGGCAUACAGCUACAGAAUUGGACUUGGCCUUAAUACAAAUAUGUUCUUAGAAGCAAACCAUAAAACUCUUAAAUACUCAUACUUACUGAAGAAAAUAAAUAACAGAGUAGAUAAAUGUAUCCAGGCCCUGUUGCACAGAACGAGGGACUCAUUUUUUCAAAGAUUAAUAAGGCUUUGUAAGGGGACAGAGAGAACUACACACAGUGCUGAAGUAAGUAAGAGUCACAGAAGAGGUUGUGCUAUCAAUAAGGAACUGAUACACUGCAUUGAAGAUGGCACAUGGCAUGUAUACACCGUUUCUGAUCGGCCUCCAUAUACUGUCACCUAUACAGAGAACUCUUGCGCUGGAUGCCCAUUGUCCUGUACUGAGUGCAAGAUCUGUGUGCACAGUUGUAUGUGUUUUUGCACAGACAAUUUGAUCAAGAGUAACCUCUGUGAACACAUUGAAGCAGUGGAAAUCAGCAAAGGAACUGUAAAGCUCCCUAUGUAAGACAGGUUCUGCAGAGAGUCAUAUGUGCAGGAGUUAAUACAAAUAGUUGCUCAGCAGACUUCAGGUGCUGGCAGCACUGUUGACUACCGAGCUGCUUUGGAAAACAGGCUGACUAUUGUGCAACAAUUAGCAAGAAGUGCUAGCAGUGAAACUGCUGGCUCUCUCCUUGCAUCAUUUGAUAAAUUAAUUAAAGAAAUGAGGGCAGGCAUUGCAUCGCAAAAAGAACUCGUUGGUCCACAUUUUCCAGUAACUUCAGCUCCACCAAAUGAGACAUGCAGGAUUCAGAGACAGUUCCAAUCAGUAAGGAAGACAUGUGAAAAGAAGGAACAUUCAUUUGCAACACCAUCCUGUGCAGAAAUUGAGACCAUUAUACAAGACCUCUUGGGAAGUGGAAACAGUAGCUGAGACCAUGUAUAUGCAAAAGAAAAGUAAGGAAACCAUCCAAUAGCUCUGAGAAUUUUUUUUUUUUACUACUUCAUAUGCAAAAAUCAUAUCAAAAAAUUCAAAUGUUGUUUGGCUAUCUAUCAGACUUUUAAUGCUAUUAGGUAAAUGAACAAAGAUUUUUGUGGCAGUGUAAUUCAUCCCUUUUCAUCCCAAAGUCAGAUAUAACCCAGAAUAGUGAAGAUCAUACUUUCUUUUACUAUUAUAGCUGUGCACUUUGCUGUUAUUUUUGAAUUGGGAUGAAUUAUUAACAACAAAAAAGUUAAUAAGUGCAUAUUUGUUUAGUGAAGGUUCCGUGAAUAUCCUGAGUUCCUUAAAUAAAGGUCUGCAAGAUGAUCUUAGAUGGGCUGCAGGCAUUAUUCUGAUUUGCACUUAUGUGCAAUGAAUACUUUCUCUCUUAAUGAUCAACUACCGCAAAAUGUGAAAGCAGUGAAUGAAAAUAGGCAUAGUAAGCUAAUUUACUGGUAUGCUAACCAAAAUUUGCAAUAACCCUAAUAACAAGUUCGUAGACUAAAAACGAGUUAC